AUGUUUACUCCUCGAUUCCUGGUUGUCAGCCUGGGGAAUCCCUUGCCAAAAUAUGCAAGUCUUCAUUCUGCAGGCCAUUUUGCUCUCAAUGGCCUUGCUAAGGCCUUAAGGAACCCUUCAUUCCGGGAGGUAACACUUGGAAACACAAAAUGCCUUGCAUCUCAAGGACCAAAAUACACUCUAGUUCAAUCACCUACUCUCAUGAACAUCUCCGGACGCUUUGUCAAUAAAGUCUGGAAGGAAAUGACUCAACAACACGAUCCAGCAUCACUCAGUUUAGUCAUUGUACAUGAUGAACUCGAGAAGGACUUGGGAGUCGUACGUCUUACAGCCUGGGACCGAAGUCACAAAGGUCACAACGGCAUAAAGAGCGUCAAGGGAUGUGUUUCGGACAAGAACUUUCCUCAGUCACCAUUUGUACGAAUUGCUGUUGGUAUCGGACGGCCCAAGGAGAGAGAUGCCGAGACGGUUAGCAAAUACGUCCUUGACAAGAUAUCCGAUGAGAACAGGACGUUUCUGGAAGAGGAAGCGCCAUGGAAGGUUGCUAAGUGCCUUGAAGAACUGGAAGCUGAAUGGAGAAGCGAGCUGAAGUCAUGA